CUGACCCCAUUGAUACCAACCUCAAAUAAAUAACUCGAAUUCCGAUCUGCACACAUGCACUCAAUAGUGCUCAAUUCCACCUCAAUCAUCCAAGAUUAUACUCCUUCUCAUCCCUUCAAAACACCAGCUCACCUCAGGGCACGCUGCGAAAUGGCCUCCAGUGCGCUGAGCCCUGGGCAAGGCCCGCUGUCGAUCAUGUCCAAAAUCUCGCCCAUCGCCUAUCUCUACCGCCCCUCGGCGGAAGUGACACCGGAGCCAGAGUCCGUCUCGGAAUCACCUUCGCCCAAACUCAUCAUCGUGUGCAGCUGGAUGGGCGCAAGGGACCAGCAUAUCGCCAAGUAUAUAGUGCGAUACCAGGCAUUACAUCCAACCUCGCAGAUCUUGCUGAUCCGGAGCGAGUUCCCUCACGUGCGGGACCCGGACUUCGCCCUCCGCGAGCUCCAACCUGCCGUGCCUGCUUUGCGUGCCGUCUUUGGCGACGGCCCGGCCACUCCCCCUCCGUCGGAGCCCGAGCUGUUGGUCCACCUCUUCUCAAAUGGCGGUUCGUCCAUGCUGUGCCACCUGUAUAGCGCCUACGAGCCGUCGUCGCUGCCGCGCCACGUUACCAUAUUCGACUCGGCUCCCGGCCAAUGGGCCUACAAAAGCGGCCUGGCGGCCAUAUCGGCAGGCAUAUCGGGCUGGAAGCGGUUCCUGCUCACGCCCUUUCUUCACGCCGCAGUUAUCGCCUACUAUGUCACGCACUUCAUCCUUCCCUGGAACCGGGCGCGAGGCGACAACUUUGCACGAUGGGCCACGACCCACAACAACCCCGCAAUCAACUCGACCGAGGUUAGGCGCGCAUACAUUUACAGCAAGGAGGACAAGCUGGUCGGAUUCGACGCGGUCGAGGAGCACGGCCGUGGCGCGAAGGAGAAGGGGUUCAACGUCCGAUUGGAGAGGUUUGUCGGCACCGAUCACGUGGCGCACGCAAGGGGUGAGGCGGAAAGAUACUGGCGCAUCGUCGACGAGACGUGGCGAGGGAGUGCCUAGAAUCUGGCUGGCAGCCCUGUGGAAGGAUUAUCUGAGGUUGGCGUGCAUGGGAGGAGUGGAGUUGGCAAAUCACAAUCGACUGAGGCGUGAUGCGGCUGCCGCGGUUGGAGAAGACCCUUGCAAAGACCCUUCCAAUGAAGCGCCUGUUACCUCCAUGGAGCGUGUUAACGUGCUUUUGGGGACGACUGGCGGCUACGUCACCACAGCCACAGCUGACUGGGUGGCGGUGCGAACUGCACCAAGCGAGGAUCAAAGUCAACCAUUUGUUGAGCGCAUUCAAGAAGAAAAAAAUACUAGAAUUGGAUGACCGAAUUCAUGGCUCGUUCCUGAGCCUGCAACUCUUCCUUGCGUAAUCCACACCCAGUUGGGGUCUGUGGGGAAGUCGGAAGCCUACUCA